AUGGCAGCAGGUUUGCCUCGUAGAAUAACCAAGGUAGGCUUAUGGACAUGCGAUUUUGCCAACGAACAAACAAAGAGACUGAAAUCGUCAGCCUUUUGAUUUAUUAAUUAGACAUUCUGAGUGUAGCUUAAAACCCGGUAUUUCCCUUUCGAAUUGCAACUAAAGUUAUUAUGACUUUAGGAAACUCAGCGAUUGCAAGCCGAACCUGUUCCUGGCAUAACGGCUGUUCCAGAUGAACACAAUGCUAGAUACUUUAAAGUUUCAAUGGAUGGUCCUAGUCAGGUUGGAAUUUUCCCUUUUGUCCUAUUUUAGCUAAGUUGAUUAAUUUUGUUCAUCCCUCAUUGGUAUGUUGCGUAGCCGUAAAUUUCUUUACUCGUAGGAUCACUUAAAUUGCUUAAACCAGCUUUUAUUUUGGUGUAGCCCUAAUAAGACUUCCAUAAAAGUUAGCCCUAAGGACUUCAAGGUUUAGGAUAAGGGUUAUUUCCCCCCUCCCCCCACCCCACUCCUCUUUCAGUUUAUGGGGUUAGGAUCAGGGUUUGUUUUGGGGGUUACCUGCCGGCAGUGUAGGGUUGACAAGGUUAGAGUUAGGGUAGGGCACCCUGUGAGUAGGAACAUUUCAUGGUUAGUGUAGAAUUUGCACAGUCCAAAAGAUAUGUUUUAACGUUUUUGUUUUGUUUUGCUAAACUAGCCUGUCCACAGACAUUUUUUUCUUUUUAAAGAAUUGUACAGGUCCGCAAGUGAAGCGAGCACAGCAGAGUGAGCAGGGAGUGCAAUCACAUGUGCAAAGCAUGAGAAAAUAGAAAGAAAUGUCUAUAGACAUCUUUGGGGAAAAAGUCCCUAUUUUAUGUCAACACCUUGUUAUUAUCACCUCAUUAUCACCCUAUCAUUCACGAGACCAGUUAAAUUGAACCAAUGAUAUUAAAAAUGUUAAAUGUUUGUGAAAUCAGGGAUCAAGCAGUUUUCUGCCGAGCUGUUAACAAGCUCCAAUUCUUAAGAUAAUGUGAAAUGAGUGAUAAGAAUAACAUUAUUCUUUGCAAACUCUGCACAUAAAUGUAUAAUUUCUGCUACUGUAUUUUCUUAGUUUUUUCUGUGGCAUAAUUUGAUAAUUUUUUUAAGGUGUAAUAAUUGUUAUUCCUUAUGUAGUAAUUGUAAUCAUAUUUUCAUAACUUUAAUAAGUUUUGGUAAGUUUGUCAAUGCUAAAUAACGAUUGUUUGGGUUUUUUAGUCACCAUUUGAAGGUGGCAAAUUCACACUGGAAUUGUUCCUCCCUGAAGAGUAUCCAAUGGCUGCACCAAAAGUAAGAUUCAUGACAAAAAUUUACCAUCCAAACAUUGAUAAACUUGGUCGCAUAUGCCUGGACAUUUUGAAAGGUAAGUGGAUUAAACUGACAUCUCAUUAUCAGGACUUGCUGGUGAGAAGUUAUUUACUAAGGGGACUGUUUAAUUUAUUAAGUUUUUCCUAUCUGUGAUGAGUGCUACAAAAGUAUACAAUAAAUUGCAGUAAACAAUUAUCAGCACCAUGCAAAUGACUUAUUGACAGACUGAAGCAAAACAGACAACAACAGAAUGACCGGAUGACCAAUAAUUUGACUAACAAUAAACGACUGUUCAACUGUGACAAAUAGACGGUAGUGUUCAUAGCCAAUAACAUCUUAACAGCUAAACUGACAGGACGACCAAUAACAAAGCAACUUAAUUGGCCAAUCAGGUCAAUAAGCAGAGUUUAAUACCACCAACUGACGUGAUACAACCCACUUUGACUCUGAAGAUGACUACAGCACAGGUUGUUGAAACAUCAGUCGCUGUCAACAAUAGUCCUAUUCAGGACUACAUUCACCUGGACAGUCAUGUUCCACCUACUAAUAAAAUGACUCAGCACCUGGUGUUAAAUCUUUCCCAAUAGUGGGGAGAUUUAGAAUGGCAUUUAAAGCUUGUGGUUGAUGUCAGAUUCAAGUUCACAGUUUCUGAAUUAGAGAAUGAGUAGGUAAAAGGUGUCUAACACAAUUCUUAUGGAUGAAACUGACAUGAGUAUAUUGAUUAUUUUCUUUGUAGAUAUUACAGGUCUAAAUUAAAUUUGGGUUAAGAUUUCUUAACCUAGGUUGAUUCUCAAUUUCCUUUGCCUGCUAGCCUUAAUAACUCCUAGUUUAGGGUUAGAAGACAAAGGACACCUAGACUAAAAAAUUUUUAAAAAUUUUGGCCUGCAACAUAGAUGUAAUGAACAGCAGAUGACAAGUUGAAAGGGAAAUUUGAACGUAAAAAAAAUUGUAAACCAUAAUUUGUUUACUCGUGGAGCACUUGGAGUUCUUAACAUGUUGAAACGUGUGUGCGUUCAGAUCGAAUUGGAAUUUGUAAGUGUUGGUUUCUUUGGAGAGGGGAAAACCAAAGCACCCGGAGAAAAUUAAACGUCUCAGAGCAAGGGAGAAAACCAACAAGAAACUCAACUCACAUAUUUCAUGGUUCGAUUUGACAUUAUUUUGCCGUUGCCAUAAAGAUGAUUCUAAAUCUCUCUAAUGUAUAUCAACGUUAUUGAUUCUAGGAGGAACAGGGAUUGAUAUUUUAUUUUCUACAACUGUAGAUAAAUGGAGCCCAGCUCUUCAGAUCCGUACAGUUCUCCUAUCUAUUCAGGCACUUCUUAGUGCCCCAAACCCUGAUGAUCCUCUCGCUAAUGACGUAGCUGACGAGUGGAAAACAAAUGAGAGCAAGGCCAUUGAAACUGGUAUGUAAAAAGUGUAUUUACAGAUUUUAAAAAAAUUUUGCAACUUGCAUAUUGUAUUCAUAUCUGAAUUUUUCUCUUCAUGUUGAAUGAGAUUGGUAAAAUACUGUAAAAUUUGUUGUUUCAGAGUGAACUCUUGAGAACAUCCAAAUACUUAUAUCAUAUUUCACGUUCUUGUUGUUGUGAACAAUAAAUUGUAAUAGCGUGAUAAAUGUUGCCUUCUAGGUUAAUUUCUGCCACAUUUUGGGCCAACUUUUAGAAAACCUGCUAAACCUUUUAAACCUGCUAAGGAAACAUUAUGUACCAAGAUGCAAAAUGGUAUGAGAAAAGGUUGCAAGCUAUGUAAAAUGAGGAAUAGUCCAUUCUUGCCACAGAGUUAACCCAAGAACAUAAAGAGUGAUUGACCUAUUUGAGGCUUAUAAUGACAGAUGUUGAACCAUGAUUUAACUUCACUUCCACAAGAUUAAAAAAAAUAAUUAGUAAAAAGAUGAUCCUUUUGUAAUCUUAUAAUACAAACUUUAACAAAACUCCCCAGAGAGGGUAAACUAGGGCAAUCAGAAUGAGCUUACUAACUUGAUCUGUGAAUUGCCUCUUUAAAUUGCAGCAAAAGAGUGGACAAGGAAAUAUGCCAAAGGAACUUGA